GUCGAAAAUGUCACGGAUUUUGGUCGUGUUUCUGGUGCUCGGAGUGGGCUGCUCCCUGGCAGAUCCUAUUAGCCGCAACGAAGAGGUUCAUCUACCGAAGCUCGAUGGACGCAUUGUCGGUGGACAGGACACGAACAUCACACACUACCCGCAUCAGAUCUCGAUGAGGUACAGGGGAAACCACCGAUGCGGUGGCACCAUUUACAGAACGAACCAGAUCAUCAGUGCUGCCCAUUGUGUAAACACCUUGACCGGCCCGGAAAACCUAACCAUUGUGGCUGGUUCCUCGAACAUCUGGUUCCCCACCGGUCCGCAGCAGGAGUUGGCCGUCCGUGAGUUCAUCAUUCAUCCCAAGUACCGCACUCUGAACAACGACUACGAUGCGGCAAUUCUGAUCCUGGAUGGCGAUUUCGAGUUCAACGACGCAGUGCAGCCGAUUGAGUUGGCCCAGGAGCGUCCCGAUCACGAUACACCCGUAACUGUGACGGGCUGGGGAACCACCAGCGAAGGUGGAACCAUCUCCGACGUCCUGCAGGAGGUCAACGUUAAUGUGGUGGACAACUCGUACUGCAAGAACGCCUAUUCCAUUUUGCUGACCAGCCGCAUGCUUUGCGCCGGAGUCACCGGAGGUGGAAAGGAUGCCUGCCAGGGCGACUCCGGAGGUCCGCUGGUCUACAACAACACUCUUCUGGGCAUUGUCUCCUGGGGCACGGGCUGUGCUCGUGAGAGCUACCCCGGAGUCUAUUGCUCCGUUCCGGAGGUUCGCGAUUGGCUGCAGGAGACUGUUGCGGCUAACGAGUAUGUGGGCAAAAUCGACUUUCUGUAAUCUUAAGUCAGACAUCUUGUAACUAGCCUCGCGUCUAACUCGAAACCUUUCAUACCUCCGAGUUACAUAAGAACUGACCAAUACAGGCGAUAGCGUAGUACGAGUA